CAGUGUCGUCCCACCGCGCCGCGCCGCCAAACACAACAAGCUGACGAGCACUGCCAAGCUCUCCACGCAGUGCCAGCAGCGCGCCCAACCCGCGCACCCGGCCACAACAGAGGAAGGGAUCGCGGUCAAGCGGCCCCGUCGGCAGAUACAGCGGCCAAAGCCCUCGGCGCAGCCCUCGGCGCAGCCCUCGGCGCAGCCCGCGCAGCCUGCAGCAUGUUCCUGGAGGUGCCCGACGUGGCCGCGCUGCUGGCGGCCAGCGCGCCGCCCUCCUCGCGGUGCGUGGGCUUGGAGGUGCGCGGCGAGACGGCCGCGGGGGAGAACUACGGCAGCACCUUCCUCAUGCUCAACGCCCACUUCGAGGACAAGCAGGGCAACAAGUCCACCGUCCCGGCCGUGUGCAAGCGCCUGCCGCCCACCGAGUACCUGCGCGACACCUUCAACGUGGACGUUUCUUUCCCCAAAGAGGUCGACUUUUACCGCUACGUAGUGCCCGCCAUGGAGGAGCUGCAGCGUGACCUGCGCAUCCCCGAGGCGGAGCGCUUCCAGUCCUUCCCCAAGAUGCUGGGCGCGCGCAUCGGCAGUCGCGACGACGCGGUGGUGGACGACGACGCCAUCCUGGUGCUGGAGGACUUGGGGAGCCAGGGGUACCGCUGCGGGAGCCGCGGCAACGGCAUGGACGUGGAGCAGUGCCGGGUGGCGGUGACCGAGCUGGCGCGCUUCCACGCCCUGGGCAUCGCCCUGCGGUCCCGCCGGCCGGCCGUCUUCAGCGGCGACGCCGUGCAGAAGGCCUGCGUCUUCUACAUGCACAACAAGCGGGAGGAGUCGGACAAGCUGUACCUACGCUUCGCCGAGAACAGCCUGGACAUGGUGCUCGAGCACGUGCCGGAGGUCCGGUCCCUGGUCGACGAGGCGACGCUGCGCAAGGCGAUGAAGACCCUCAAGAACGACAGCCUGCCCGCGGGGCCCUUCACCACCAUCCUGCACGAGGACUUUUGGGUCAACAACAUGAUGUUCGCGUACGACAAGCAGGGGAAGCCUGACCGCCUCAAGAUGGUGGACUUCCAGCUGACGAGAAUCGGCCCCGCCUCGUCGGACCUCGUCUUCUUCCUGUACUCGAGCGCGGACUCGGACGCGCUGUCCCAGGUGGACACGCUGCUCAGGGAGUACCACGCCGAGCUGGUGCGGUACGCUCGCCUGCACGGCGUGGACACCAGCGACAUGGACUGGGACGCCUUCCAGCGCGACUUGGCCACUACGGUGCCGGUGGAGUUCUCGCACUUGUUCGUCAUGAUCAGCAUCAUCCGCGCCAACCAGGCCGUCGAGAAGAGCGACUCGCACUCCGACGCCGUGUUCUCAUCGAAGCUCGGCAUGAGCGAGGCCGCCAAAACGCGCUACGUGGAGCUGCUCUCGCACUGGGUGCAGAGAGGGUGGAUGUGAGCGAAGCGUCCAUGUCGACGGCCCGACGGGGCUCCAGUCCGUCAGGCGCGUAUCCAGAGGGGCCGGGGGGUUGGCGAUGGGGGCGUCGCUCCCCUGAAAGGUAGUCGCACUUUGCCCCUGUAAGUAGGCAACUUUUGCGUCCGCCAGACCUCCAGCGAGCGCGAUCGCCGAGUCAGUGUGCCAUCCCCUGUCGAGAAUUAACACCGUUAGCUCAAUCUGAGCAUAAAAAGUGUUGAAGCAUGCCUGUUUAAGUUCAUGAAGUAUUUGUAUUUGUGCAAGAAACUGGAAAGAUCCCUUGGUGAAAAACAAAAACUAUGGUAAAAGUUCUACAGUUUUAUUUCAUACAUAAAAUAUAGUUUUAAAGUCUUUACAAUUGUUAAUAAAUAUGCUAAGGUGCC